CGAAGAUCUUGUACGAUGGAGCCGAAUGGCAGUAAGGAUUACGUGGAACUCGUCAGCGAUUUGUACGAUGGGACGGACGAAGAAAUGUUAGUGGCAUCGCUUUCUCCUGUUGUCAUUUUGCACGGACUUCUAGAUCUUAAAGAAAAUUGGGAAAAAAUAGCUAAAGAUAUUGCAGAUAUAUCUGUUAGGAAGGUUUAUGUUCUGGAUAUGAGAAAUCACGGAGAUAGUCCUAAAAUCUCAACUAUGAUGCUCGAAGAAAUGGUUAACGACGUGGAAAAUUUUUUGAAGAAGAUCAAUGAACCGGUUGUUUUAAUUUGGCACAGUCUAGGAGGCAUUGUUGCCAUGGAACUAGCUUUCCAGAAGUCUUAUCUUCUCAAAGAAUUAAUAAUAAUAGAUACUACUGCAUUGAGAAUUCCAACGAUGGAAGAAGAAUUGUUUUCUUAUAUGUGUUCCUUCUUAAGAACAGUUCUGACCAAUAUAACACCAGAUAGCUUCUUAAAAAUGAAAUCUAUUGUAGAAAAUCGGUUGAAAGGUAUUAUCAAGAUUUCAAGUUUACGAAAAAUCAUCAUGUCGAAUCUGAUACAAGUUGACAACCAAUUGAAAUUGAAAGCAAAUAUCGAUAUUAUAGAAACAGAAAUAUGGAAGUCCAUUAGGAAGAGAUACCCUCUGAGAGGAUUUUACGGAAACGACACCUUGUUGAUAUACGGAUCUUCCGAUUACGUUUUGUAUACACAGCUACACUUCCAGAUUUCAAGUUUACGAAAAAUCAUCAUGUCGAAUCUGAUACAAGUUGACAACCAAUUGAAAUUGAAAGCAAAUAUCGAUAUUAUAGAAACAGAAAUAUGGAAGUCCAUUAGGAAGAGAUACCCUCUGAGAGGAUUUUACGGAAACGACACCUUGUUGAUAUACGGAUCUUCCGAUUACGUUUUGUAA